UGAUCUGUCAAUAGGAAGUGUCUAGUUUAGCCUGCGAAGCUUCUGCCUCCCUCUGUAGCCUCGAGUGCCAAACCCGAGACGACGAGCCCGAGAAAAUCACCGCCAUCUCAUUCCCGACACGUAUCCCGCCUCCACUCAAAUAGGUCGACCGGAGCCAUGAACGCGAAGGUGUAUUUGGUCGCCGUGGCAGCCGUGGUUGUCAUUUGCGCGGGCGUCGCGUCAGCCUCAGAUGAAUGCGCCAACCUCAACUGCACCGCUUGUGACCCUGCGAAUGACUGCCAGUGGCUCAACUGCCCAUCAUCACCCGUUGGCGGCAGUUGCUACAACGUGACUCUCCUGGAUAAAAACAUCACCUGUAGCAACGCCAGCUGCUCCGUUGAGCCGACCCCAACCCCGCAGACUCCCACACCUGUUGCCUCUACCACUGCAAAGUCCUCUACCCCCGUUGUCACAACCUCUCACAGCAGCGGUCCUGACCCCACCACAGCCAAUUCAACCAACACUUCCACUGCGGCGCCGACACCCACUCUCAACAUCUCCACAGUUGCACCCACAACUUCGUCCAAAAAUUCAAGCAGUUCCACGACAAGCACCCCGGUGACGCCCUCUCCGGCCCCUCAUAAGAACUCCACCUUCGACGCCGCCAGCUUCAUCGGCGGCAUCGUGCUGGUGCUGGGACUGCAGGCGGUCAUCUUCUUCCUCUACAAGUUCUGCAAGUCCAAGGAACGCAACUACCACACCCUCUGAGGCCGUGCCACGCGCGCUCAGGUUCCACGCCUCUCAGAAUGUACCCCCGUUAACCAAAACACUCCCGUCCGCUUCCCUCGAUGACUCUAACAGUGUUUCCGAGCCCCCCCGCAACCCCCAUUUUACACCUCGUAAAUCAGAAUCAGUGACUCUCCUCAUAGAAAUGAGCUGAUUUUCCCGUAAGAGGGAAACACUGUUGGAGUUGUUCAAUGUGACAACUUUCCAAAAAAUUCACUUUAGCUUUUAGCCUGUUCAAUCGUUUCCGGCCCCUGUCCCGAACGCCGUUUUAUCUUGUAUAUGUUGGUCGUAGUUUAAGAGGUUUUGAUCACCCCCCCCCCCCCCACUCCCCCACCGCUGUUAACAAGCCAUUUGUCAGGAGAGCGGCUCGAUUGGUGUUGUCUUGUUGUGGGCAAAGAUCAGCGGAAGCGAGUUAUAACGUUGACCGCUGCCCCCUCAUGGGCAAUCGCAUGCAAUAAAAACAUCAAGUCCCAUCUCCUUAGAUCACCCCCCCUCCCCCCCAACCCGCCGGCUGUCCGAUUGCAGCGGCGGUCAUCAAAAUGGAAAAAGAUUGUACAGUAUUUUUAGGAAUGUCAAAGAGUUAGUUUAAUGGCGAGUUAGACGCGAGCGAUGUGCGCCGUUCCUCGAUGGCGGACCGUAACGCAGUAGGUGUCAAGUGCCUUUAAACGUCUGGCGUGGCGUCGAUGAGGAAACUCGAGGGGAAGAAUGCGUUUUUUUUUUCCCCCCCCACUCGAGUGUAGUGACGUGUAUCCCAGCUGGACUGAAGAGCCUUAGUUACCCGUGGAAAGACAGUAGGAGCCCGGGCGUAUUAAAAGUCAGAAUUGAACACCUUCCCCACCCUCAAAGUAGAUGGCGAGUUCACGUACGGUCGUUAUGACUUGACACUCCCGGCAAUCGGCGAGUGUCACUUCUGUUGUAUUGCAGGGUUUGGUUUAAUGUUAUGGUGAAGAAAAUGUUGAUAAAUGAGGAGUCUUGUUGGCUGUGUGCUGCUAUUUUUUUGUUUUGUUUGCUGUCAUUUAGUCGUCAUGUCCAUCUUUUAGGUUUUCGUGAAGUUCAGGGAAGUCUUAAUGAAGGAACGUUGAUCUGCCUUUUUUUUGUGUGCGCUUUACAGGGCUCGUAAUUGAAUAUGUAGGGUUUAUUUUUUAUUUUUUUGCAUGCUGUUUCCUUCUUUUCUCUUUAUAUGUAACAAUUAAGGCCGUAAUGAUUCAUACUCUGGCCAAAGUGGAGUUCACGUGAAUAUAGGUUUGGGUUGGAAAUAACACAAGAAAAAAAUUGUAAUAUUGGUUUCAAUGUCACAAAAAAAAUUGCAUUUCUUCCAAAUUGUCUAUUUUUAUAGUUCUUUUGCCACUUAUAAUUUCCGGCAAAAAAUUGUUGCCCAUUGUGUUUGGCAGGCGGCAACUAGUUUUGAGUGGGCCACCUCUUUGGCCAGGCAAUGAAUCAAUUCUGUCCUCAAGUGUAUUUGCUUCUUCGGAUUUUUUUUCUUCUUCCCAUCCUGAAAAGCCACUUGAUAAAUCGUGAAGAAAAUGCCUUGAAACCAUGAGCCGUUUUUACGCCAAAUCCCUCCGUUUUGGCAUGGGACUUCAGCAUUGUACUGACGAGCUUUGCUUGUGCCGCGUUUGUACGGUUUGGAAAUCAAGUGCUUUGUGUAUUAUUUGGCCGCGCAGUAUCAAAUACAAACUUGCUUUGCAGUACUAUUGCCAGGUGGGCAUUAGGUUACAGCCCAAAGAUGCACCUGGAGUUUUUUUUGCCUUCGCCACUUCCCAUUUUUGGCCACAUUUCCAAAAAAUACUUGUGAAGCGUCCACCGACGCUGCUACGUCAUCAGGCCUGAAUUUCUAAAAGAUGAGCGUUGCACGCUCAGAUUGUCGCAACACGUGUACAUUAUCGCCUGCUUCUUACUUGCUAGCCGCGCGCUGCUUAUGGAAAAGUGCCUUACUCAGUUAAGUUUGUAAGAGGGGGAAAAAAAAGAAAUCCUGCUUGUUCAUGUACCUGUAAAUGGCUAUCAGCUAUUUCAGACCUGUUUGGACAUUUUUUUUUCGCCUAGCCUUAACUUAAAAUUCAUUCUUUUGGUAACAUACCACAUGCCUGCUUAUUAAAUGAUCUCCUUUCCAAACUGGCGGCGGUACAGUUUCGAUCCUUUUUAUUUUCAAUGUGUAGAAAACCAAAAAAAAAAAAAGCUUCAGCAUUCCCUUGCAUGGCCCACUGAUUGCUAGGCACGUGCACACUGGAGCGCCAUCCUGUUGCCUUCUCCAAAUGUCAUACUUCUUGGUAUGAUUCCAAUGGCUAUGUACAAAAAAAAGUGCCCUUUUUAUUUCUGUCUUUCCAUGCGUUUGCAUUGUUUGUUUUUUUUCCCAAGUGUGGCUUUAUGUUGCAGCCUGUUGACCCAAUAAAGUUUGUUCAAACGAG